CUCAGGUCUCCUGUGAGCAGCCUCCAUGAGGCCCUGGACCAGUGCAUGAUAGCCCUGGACCUCUUCCUCACCAACCAGUUCUCAGAAGCACUCAGCUACCUCAAACCCAGGGCAUUCCCUUAGUCUUCUGUUCCCUUUCCUCCGGUCAGGUGUUGGGCUUCCCAGAGGGGAGUCCUGAAAUUCAGAGAGGCCAAGACACCUACUAGAGUCACACAGCAGGUGACCAGCACGGCCAGGAGUCCAGCCUGUGUCUGAGGGACUCUAAAAUCCGGGUUGAGCACCCCCCAACCCCAUAACAGGCAGCCAGAUCCUUUCCACUGGCCCCUGUUCCUACUCAUGGCACAGAUUGGAAGGUAUCUGGGAACAGGCAGGACUGGGAGAAAUCUACCGCCUUUUGUUCCUUUGGUCCUCAAGAAUCCUGACCUAAAGCAGGGCAUAUAGAGGCGCAUGCCUGUAAUCCCAGCACGUGGAAAGUAGAGGGAGACCUGUUUAAUGAAGUCUGGGGCCCUGCCUCAAAAACAAACAAACAAACAACAUCAUCAUCAACAACAACAAAGCCCAACUGAAGAGAGUCACCUGGAAGGAAAAGAGUAACUCAUCCACAAGCUCUGCUUUGACUGGAAAGGAAGGUGGCUAAAGUCACGUGAUCUAACAAUAAACCCCUUUAUGAACCUUAGCCAUCUCUCUCCUCUGACGUUCCCAGCCUUGGCCUGGUAGUAAGGAGUUCUGGAAAUAAUUGACCGAGGUGCUCGGGGAAGGGAACCAAACUGUGCAGGCUCCUCCUAUGGCAGGCAAGCUGUUCCCCUGCCAGACUCAGUAGCUCCAGCCAUCCAGCACCAUCACCCCCUGGUGCUGGGGUAAUAGCCAAGUUCCAGGCUGCUGCACAGGGAGGCAGGAGGUGAAGGCUUUCUGAGGCUGCCCUGGCUCAGCCCGGUCACAUCAGACCACAGAGAUGAGCCCUGUCCUGCGGUACCCACAGUCUGCAGAGGAACCAAGGAGAGCAUGUACCACUCGCUGACGUACGCCACCAUCCUGGAGAUGCAGGCCAUGAUGACCUUCGACCCCCAGGACAUCCUGCUUGCCGGCAACAUGAUGAAGGAAGCACAGUCGCUGUGUCAGAGGUACCGGAAGAAGUUGUCUGUGUCAGACUCUUUGAGCAACCUGGUACACCGUCCCACCAUGGACCAGUUCACGGAAGAGGAAAUCCAUGCAGAGGUCUGUUACGCAGAGUGCCUGCUGCAGAGGGCGGCCCUGACCUUCCUUCAGGAUGAGAACAUGGUGAGCUUCAUCAAGGGCGGCAUCAAAGUUCGAAACAGCUACCAGACGUACAAGGAACUGGAUACCCUCGUCCAGUCCUCCCAAUACUGCAGAGGAGAGAGCCAUAGGCACUUUGAAGGAGGGGUGAAGCUUGGUGUAGGAGCCUUCAACCUGACGCUGUCCAUGCUUCCCACUAGGAUCCUGAGGCUGCUGGAGUUUGUUGGGUUUUCAGGAAAUAAGGACUACGGGCUGCUGCAGCUGGAGGAGGGCGCGACAGGGCACAGCUUCCGCGCGGUGCUGUGUGUCAUGCUGCUGCUGUGUUACCACACCUUCCUCACCUUCGUGCUCGGUACUGGGAAUGUCAACAUCGAGGAGGCAGAGAAGCUGCUGAAGCCCUACCUGAACCGAUACCCCAAGGGUGCCAUCUUCCUGUUCUUUGCUGGGCGGAUUGAAGCUAUCAAAGGAAAUAUUGACGCUGCCAUCCGGCGGUUUGAGGAGUGCUGUGAGGCCCAGCAGCACUGGAAGCAAUUCCACCAUAUGUGCUACUGGGAGCUCAUGUGGUGCUUCACCUACAAGGGCCAGUGGAAGAUGGCCUACUUCUACGCCGACCUGCUGAGCAAGGAGAACUCCUGGUCCAAGGCCACCUACAUCUACAUGAAGGCUGCCUACCUCAGCAUGUUUGGGAAGGAAGACUACAAGCCAUUCGGGGAUGACGAAGUGGAGUUAUUCAGGGCUGUGCCAGGCUUGAAGCUCAAGAUUGCCGGGAAGUCUCUACCCACAGAGAAGUUUGCCAUCCGCAAGUCCAGACGCUACCUCUCCCCCAACCCCAUCUCAUUGCCAAUCCCUGCUCUGGAAAUGAUGUACAUCUGGAACGGCUAUGCUGUGAUUGGGAAGCAGCCAAAACUCACGGAUGGGAUGCUUGAGGUCAUCACCAAGGCUGAAGAGAUGCUGGCAACCGGCCCAGAGAAUGAGUACUCAACAGAUGACGACUGCUUGGUCAAACUGCUGAAAGGCCUGUGUCUGAAAUACCUGGGCCGAAUCCAGGAGGCAGAGGAGAGUUUCAGGAGCAUCUCUGCCAAUGAAAAGAAGAUUAAAUAUGACCACUACUUGAUCCCAAAUGCUCUGCUGGAGUUGGCCCUGCUGUUCAUGGAGCAAGGCAGAAACGAAGAGGCCAUCAAACUCCUCGACUCUGCCAAGCAAAACUACAAGAACUACUCCAUGGAGUCAAGGACACAUUUUCGAAUCCAGGCAGCCACACUCCAGGCCAGAUCUUCCCUGGACGGCAGCAGAUGCACAGUUUCAUCAGUGUCCUUGUAGCUUUUGGCAGCACUCCUGGGCUGAAAGAUGAACACACAGCUAGCUGGACAGAGCUCCUGGAAACAUUUCAAAAGAUCCCCCUCCCUCUGCCUUUCCUUAGGGUCCACCUGGUGCUCCUGUGGGAUGCACAAGAACAUCUGUGCAGAAGCAAAGACAGCGUUUUUACCAGUGUGGCCGAGGCCUUGCCAAGGGCAGAGCAGGUGGAGCCUUCUGCCAGUCCUAUCACACAUACGGGUACUUGUUUCACACUGUGAUGUUUAAGAGAAUGUAUGAAAGUUUACAUUUCUUUAGAAAUACAUUGAUGGGAUUAUAGUUGGUGUUUAAAAAAAAAAACCAAACCAAAAAUAAUUGCUGUAAAUCUGUUUUCACCCAGACAUUGUGGAAGUAAAUCUCUCUACAUGCUGCCAAGGCCAAACUGCUGUUGAAAUCUCAGCAAUGUCUUGGUUUUUGAGGUUAGAAUAGGGGCGUUCCUAGCACCUGAACUUUUGGCUUCAAAGUUCUAUAUACAAAAUUCCAGGACAGCCAGACUGUCUAAAAAAUAAAUAAACUAAAUUAAGUUGCUAGCAUUUAAAAGUGAGCUUUCAUGAAUUUGGAAUUUUGUCUUCUAAAGGCAGGAGAAUCCAAAGUUCUGUUACUCUUGGAGAGUCUGAAGCCAGAAUGAGAUAUGUAACCCUGCUCUCAGAACACGAUCAACCAAACCAACCAGUUCCAUAAGUCAUAGAGGAAGAAGCUUUGGGAUUCUCAUAAGGAAAAGGCCAAACAAAACCCUUUAUUCAUGGUCCCUUUUCAUACGUAGUGCUGCUUUUCUUCAGAACGACACAAGAAUCUUUCCAUAGACAACAAGCUCUUUCCAAGUGUGUUCUCUUUCUGAGUCCUGGAUGUGGAGACCAACCUGGAAGUUUUGGGGAGGGGUGGUUCCUCGAGGCUUAUGCCAAAGUGGCCGGUCACAUGACACUAACACAUGCCAUGUAAACUGCAGCUUAUGAGACGGUCUCAGAGUUUCAAGCGCUUUUGCCUCCAUUUCAAAAUGUCAGGAUGACUUCCUUGUACCAUCCGAGCUACUGCUGCUGUUUUCCUUAAUUAGCCCACCUUUACCUCAGCUGCCCUGGUUGCAGUUUGGCUAAUGACGUUUAAAGGAUUAAGCCUCUGGGAUCCCACCUGUAGCUUUCUGAGGUAGUCUGUGAAAAAGAACACUGGGUUUCUAAAUCCUACCCUCAGGUAGGGGAUUUUGAAGAUGGAAUCCUACCCUAGGCUGCUCCACGUCCUAAGUCAUCCUGGCUCACCCCUUCUCUAGUACAGACUUUCAUAGCGCACCUCUGCCUGGUAGGAGACUGUGACAGCUGGAAAGCCCCGAGGGCAAGAGAUCCUCACUUGCCAAAGCCCGAGUCCUGUGCCACACGAACAGUUGCCAGGGAAGCAGCAACCGUACCAGGGGAUCUGAACAGUCCCUUGACAAUGCUGUCUAGCUCAGCUGCUCACCUGGUCUGCAGGGCGUUGGCACCACACUGGUCCCUAUCAGCUCUCCCACACCUUGGCAGGUUUCCCUAUCAUCUCUUGAGUCAGAGUGGGAGUGUUUCCAAUACAGCUAUCACCAGUCCCAGCAAAAAGUCACAACCCCAUACCAAAUCGAGGCCCCUAAAAGGCCAACCUCAACCCAAGGCUUGGCUCAGGCCCAGGUGGGAGAUUCCCAGCAAGAAUUGUCAACAUUAGAAGAGGCCUUCAGAAAGUCUCAGUAUGCUGGGACCAUUUAACAAAAGAAUCUAUAAAUCCACUUUAUAAUUUUUAUAGUUCUUUAAUUCUAAGAUGAUACGGAACCAACAAUCUCCUAUUUUGGGAGGGGAGGGUUCAAGAGGGUUUUUCUGUGUAGCCUUGGCUGUUCUGGAACUUCUUGUCCUGGAACUCAAUCUGUAGACCAGGUCAGGCUGGCCUCGAACUCAGAGAUCCACCUGCCUCUGCCUCCCAAGUGCUGGGUUUAAAUGUGUGUGCCGCUGCCACCACCUGGCAACAAUCUCAUCUUUUACUUCAAAUAUACAGCCUUUCAGAGUGCCUCUUUAACAAUUUCCUGAUGUACGUAUGACAAUCACAGUUAACUGAGAAGGGUGGAUUCUGAAAUCCAAGCAGUAAAUGGGAACAUCUCAUACCUGCUAUCAGCUACAACUUUUCAAGGUUAUAAGGUGCCGUUCUGCUGGGUUUAGCACAACUAGUAUUGAAAAGUUCAAUACUGACCAACAACGUAAACCCACAACCAACCUCAUCUGGGAGCUUGAGAAUUCAUUCUUGAAUGAGCAACUAUAAUUUGUUCCCACUGCAUACAGCCAGCUAAAAGCAGCAGAGCUCUUCGGAGGCAUACAGUUGCUAACAGUUGAUAAGCAGACAUCCAGAGGCAUCACAGCUACCACCUUGUAAAUGACUGUGAAGGGCAGUUUUCCUUAAUAGUAAGGAACACUUCACAAUACUAGACAUCAGCUAGACAUGGUGACCCAUACCUGUAAUCCCAGCACUCAGGAGGCAGAGGCAGGUGAAUUUCUGAAUUCAAGGCCAGCCUGUUCUACAGAGUGAGUUCCAGGACAGCCAGGGCUACAGAGAAACCCUGCCACAAGGGAAAAAAAAAUUCAAGGACAUAUGUAUGCUACACUGCUACAUACUGAGUUCAAGGCCAGCAUGGGCUAUGAGAUCCUAUCUCAACCAAUCACUGAAACAAUAAAAAAAAAAAAAAUCAAAGUCUUUGUUCUACAGAAAAUAAUAGCUAAUAAGUGCUCACAAUCUGCUAGCUGCUACCAAACUAGCUGUAAUCCUUAUAAGUACCUAUGAGGUAGGGACUGAUUGUUUUCAAGAGAAGAAAAUAAUUUGCCUAGGAUCACAGAGCCAUCAUGCAUCCAUCACAAAAAUUUGAAGCCAGGCAGCUGAAUUCUAAAGCCUACUUCGCUAAAUUGUUGGCCAACCUAUUAUCAGUUUAAUGCCUAAGUCACACUGAAUCUUGGGGCACUGUGAAAGAUGGAAGAGGUACUGGCUAAUUCCACCUUUGGAAAUCUUUGUUAACACAUGGAGUAUAUAUGACAUGGGUCCCUGUGUCCAAAUGGCACCAUGAGAUACUGAGGUCUAAUCUAAGUUCAACAAAGCCAAAAGAAAAAAACAACAACAACAAAACAUCCAAACAAAAACAGCAUUUAACAAGAGUUGGGGCUGAAGAGAAGGCUCAGCAGGUAAAGCUGCUUGCUGACCAGUAUGAAGACCUGAGUUCAGAUCCUAAGCAUCCACGUAAAAAACAAACAAAAACUAGAUGCAGAAGUGCACAUCUGUAAUUGAGCACUGUGGAGGCAGAGACAGGUUGAUCCCUGGAGCUCACAGACACACACAAAAAACCCAGCAAGAUUUUUUGACCUAUGUACACAUCUACAAACUUGUUCAUGAACAUCACUGAGGCAUGAUGGAGGGCACUGAUCCUCAUCUGGACAGAUAAAUCCAGACUAACCUGUACAGUUGGGAAGGCAAGGCUACAACAUGCUAGAGGUGGAUUACAGUAGGAAGUGGGAACAGCAAGGGUGGUAUACACUGCUAGACACCUGAACCUUAAAAAAUUCAUUUUAGGAGAGAUGGUUCCGAGGUUUAAGAGUACUCCUGAUUUUCCAGAGGACCAAGUUCAGUUCCCAGCAGCCAUGUUGGAUGGCUUACUACCAUCUUCAACCGUCCGGCAACUACUCAUAUGCAUGUACACACACACAUUCUCUUAAAGAUCAAUACAUUUUUAAAAAGUCAUUUUAUUUUGUGUGCUUGUGUGUUUGCAUGUAUACAUGAGUGCAUGUAGGAGCCCACAGGAAGACAUUAGAUGCCUUGGAACUGGAGUUAUAGAUAGCAGUGAGCUGUCUGUAGUGGAUGCUGGAAAUUUAACUUGGGUCCUCUGCAAGUAUAGUAAAUGCUAAAUAAACAGCUGCGCUUUCUCUCCAGGUCCCAACUAUAAUCAUGUUUUUUAGUUGGGUGUGGUGGCCUCAUGCCUAUAAUUCCAGCAUUUGGGAGGCCAAAGCAGGAUAGCUCAGGAGUACAAGGCCAUCCUGGGCUAUAGAAUAAAGACUGAUUAAAAAAAAACUAACCAGUGUUUUUUGUUCAGUUUUUCUGAGACAGAAUAUCACUAUGUAGCGUUGGCUGGUCUAGAACUUGCUAUGUAGCCUUGGCUGACUUCAAACUCAGAGAUGGACUGUUGUGCACCACUAGGCCCAGACUCAACCAAUGUUUUAAAACUACUAAUAACUACUACCUGCUCACCGGGCACCCCCUACUUUAGUUGUUAAAACAAACAGUAGGAGUACUUGCUUGAGCAAACACAUCUCACCUACCAGUUCAAAUGAUCCAUAGGUCAGAAUCCUAAAAAGUCCUGGGGAGCCAACAAGAUGGUUCAGUUUCACAUGCAGGCCUGACCACCUGAGUUUGAUACCUGGCAUCCAUAAGUGGAAGAGAACUGAUUCCCAAAAGUUACCCUCUGCCCUCCACGUGCCUGCCAAGUGCUUAUGUUACAAAGGAUUACAAUUAUGUAACCAGGUCACACAGCACAGUUCCCCAAGAGAAGGCAGGGCCUGACCUUUGGCAUGACUAAACUGGGCCAUCUCUAGUGCUGCCAUUAAGGCUACAAUUUUUGGCUUUGCUCCUGUAUUAGGCAUUCUCUUCCAGUGGCUUUUUGACAUGACAGGGUGCAUGGCACUUCAGGGCUUCUAGCCUUAACAGCUUAUGACUAGUGAAUGGCACAAAGGAUUUCUUCUAACUCCAGUAUGCAGAAUGCAGGGAGGGACAAAAUUUGGCCUGGCUCAACAUCUAUUACUCAGGCAAGAAGUUCAAAGUGUAAGUCUCUGACUGCUAUUAGCAUCAUUUGUGAACAUAAGGAAAAUCACAGACCUAGAAAUUGUAGGCUUAAAGCCCAGAAAGUCUUCCAGAUGAAUGUGAUGCACACUCAAGUUCCUGAGGCACUGGCUAGGAGAAAACUGUCAACUUGAGAGAGGUGCUGCUGUCCCUUCUUGCCAACUCCCAAUCCCUUCUGAGCCUGGGUCUCCUUGUGUAGUGUUGGCUGGCCUAGAACUGCCUUGGCCCCCAUGUGCCACCAUGCCUGGCUUCAAACUCUAUGAGACCUCCAUCUCCAUCAGAAAUGCUCAGAUUCCUAAAGAGUCCUCUUUUCAUUUACAAAACAAGUGUCAUACUUUUGUGGGGCUUACUCUGAUAAGGAAGAGAUAUAAACACAAAGAAUUAGUUGGGUUGGAGAGAUGGCUCAGCAGUUAAGAGUACUGGCUGCUCUUCAAGAGGUCCUGAGUUCAAUUUCCAACAACCUGGUUCACAAUUAUCUCUAGUGGGAUCUGAUGCCCUCUCUGGCAUACAGUUGUACAUGCAGAUAGAGCAUUCAUAUACAUAAAUCUUUAAAAAAAGAAUUAGUCAUAGAGUAAAAACAAAUGGGUGUGGUUUAGUUCAGAGGAUAAGUAUGUAAGGAGCAAGCUACAGGGAAGAAAUGAUAAUGUGAAAGGUUUUACAAGGUUCAAAGAGGCUAGAUGGCAGAGUCCUAUGAAAAGAGGCAGAAAGCCAUUUCAUGCCAGUUUGGAUUUUCUUUUCAUUUUUCUAUGUAGGGUUUCUCUGUGUUGCCCCGGCUGUCCUCGAACUUGCUUUAUAGACCAGGCUGGCCUCAAACUCAGAAAGAUCCGCCUGCCUCCACCUCCUGAGUGCUGGGAUUAGAGGCGUGCUCCACCACAGCCCAGUUGGAUUUUAUUUUAAGUCCAACAGGAAGCUAUUAGAGUUUUAAGCUGGGGAAUGACAUCAUUCAACUGAUCCAUAACAUUAUUUUAGCUGCUACAUGAAGAAUGGAUUAUUUGGGGUUAAACGUGGCCUACAACUCCAACUGCUUCUGGUUUGUCUAAAACACAAAAUCUUGUGCCUUCCUUCACCAGAACUAGAUAAUCACUUGGUAAGAGUUAGCCUGUCACAGUCAUGUAAUGGUAGAAGUAGAGAAUCAACUCUACAAAAUUAUCCUUGACCACCACAUGUAUACUAUAGCACCUACAUACAUUCUUUCUCUCUCCCCCUUUUUCUUUCUCUUCUUUCCUUCUCUCCCUUCUUCCCUCUCCCUCCCUCUCAUACAAUAUAUGUCAACUGUGGAGCAGAGAGCAGGGCCCAGAGGAUACAAGCUGAUGAAGCAGAGCCAUGAUGUCCCAGAUUUGAGGACCUAGAGGAGAUGAAGUUUAAGAUAGGCAAGGAAGUUACCCUCAAAGGGAACCUCCUCUUCAACACCCCGGAUUGCUCUCUGACCUCCAUGUAUACACCCAUGUAAUACACACAAACCAAAAAAUAACGAGUGAUAAUUUUUAGUCAACAAUGAUAACCAUCAGUGCCUGUUGUUCAGUGUUAUUCAAGAAUAAAGUGAAAAAAUUAAAUUGUG